AUGGCUAAGCAUCACCCGGACCUGAUCUUCUGCCGGAAGCAGUCGGGAGUGGCGAUCGGCCGCCUCUGCGAGAAGUGCGACGGGAAGUGCGUUAUCUGCGACUCCUAUGUCCGGCCCUCGACUUUGGUCCGCAUCUGCGAUGAGUGCAACUAUGGCUCAUAUCAGGGCCGGUGUGUCAUCUGCGGUGGUCCC